AUGGCGACUCCUUCUCCCUCUACGUCCAAUGACUCUUCAGAUUUUGAAAAGAUAUGCACAAUUUGUGGAAGACCAGCAUUUGUCAGAUACUAUGGUGCAGUGGCAUGUGGACCCUGCAAGAUGUUCUUUCGGCGAAUGGUAAUUGAGAAGUUGACCUACAAAUGCAAGAAAAUUAAAAUCUGCUAUAUAACAGAGCCGAAACCGUUGAAAUGUAAAUCUUGUCGGUUCAAAAGAUGCGUAGAAGUCGGAAUGAAACUUCCACCAACCAAUUGUACCGUUUUGGAGCUGAAGAAUAGGGAAGAUGAUGAAUUGGUCAGACUUUUUGGGUUUCUGAAGAUUCGGGAUGAUCAAAGAAUGGAAACUUAUAUGAAUUUUUAUACAACUCAGAAUCCAAGCCUUGAAGAUAUUCUAGAUGGAGUGAAACCAGUGAAAAUGGAUGUUGAGAAAUUGCUCGACAAUGAGAUCGAUGAUAACUCCUGUGGAAUGGUCAUUCACGGCUAUUUUAAGUGUGAUAAACCACUUUCGAAGUUUCGACUUCAAGAACAGCUGGAGUCCAGAGAUAAGAAACUUAUAUUUCAAUUUAACACAUUCAAAUCUAACAUUCUCUGCGGUGCAGUUCGAGCUUGUAAAGAGCACAGAGAGAAAAUGGUGACACCCAGUGGCCAUGAUAUUUUUCCGGAUAUUCUGGUUACUAAAUUCAAUGCAUCAGCGGAGCUACUCAACCGAAUAUGCUGUCAAGUUGUAGCAAGAUUGAUGGAGUUGAAAGUGACUGAUGAGGAAUUCGUUUUGCUCAAUAUCAUAUUCUUUUGUAAUUCCGCUGAUGCUCAUUCCGAUAAAGCCAAAUCCAUUCUUGCUGCUCGUCAAAGAUUUUACGUGUCCGCUCUUUUCAAAUAUUGUCAAUUGACCUACCAAAACAAUGCUCCAUCCCGUCUCAACGAACUUCUCUCCGUCUACCACAUCGUCCAGAAGAAUGCCUCGGAAAUGCAAUAUAUUGGAAUAAUGAUCCACGGAUUCAUACCAAAUUUUCCUAUUCGAAAACUUGUAUCUGAUACCUACAUGUUGAAAUGGUUUGAUAAAUGA